CAAAGGAUCUUAAAUGCGAUUGCGAAGUGACCUACUGCGACAAUUCGAACUCUUAACUGCAUGUGGAGAAAGUUUAGGCUAUAACAGUGAAAUAAAUGGUCCUGUAGACUUGUGUGUGCGUCAGCAGCGCGUAUUUCUACAACACAUGUGGGUUGACAACAUGCGGCAGGCUACAGUAAUUAAAUUUUAAAGGUUGAUGAAUGCUGCAUGCGCUACUGGGUGUUUGGUUACUUUGUGCGGAAGAUAGAUGCCCAGUCUUCAGUCUGCCCUCCUCAGCCAACAAUCUGGAGAGAACUCUUUGGUGACCGAAGUGCAGGACCUUCGAACGAGGUUUCUCUCAGAAAACCGCUGUCUUCAAGAGAAACGACUGGACACACUGCUUAAAGAGGUGCUCACCGCCGGGAAAAGUGGAGUUGCAGUGCUGGAAGCUGACAGCGAUCAAUACAACUUUGACUUUACAUCAUCGCUUUUCUUCGUCACUACCUUUCUUACAACCACAGGUUAUGGCACCACCAUGCCCCUGUCGGACGGGGGCCGCCUCUUCUGCAUCCUCUACUGCAUGCUGGGGAUCCCCGUCACCCUGCUCCUCCUCUCCUGCCUCACCCACGCCCUGCUCCCCUGGGUGACCGGCCGGCCCGUCCUCCACCUCCAGACCCGCUGGGCUCUCUCCAAGAGCCGCGCCGCGCUCACCUACGCCUGCAUCCUGGCCGCCGCCACCGGCGUGCUGUUCUUUCUGCUGCCGGCCGCCGUGCUGUCGCUGCUGGAGAGCGACUGGAACUUCCUGGAGGCGCUCUACUUCUGCUUCAUCUCGCUGAGCACCAUCGGCCUCGGCGACUACCUGCCGGGCCGCACGCACAGCAAGGCAGCGCGACAGGGCCUGGAGUUCGCCACCUCCUGCUACCUGGUUGUGGGUCUGGUGGUUCUCCUGGUGGUCCUGGAGACGUUCUGGGUUCUCCCUCAGGUGCAGGGGCUGAUCCGGCUCUUCGCCGGGCCCAACAGCACCACCGAGCUCAAGGGCGUGGACCUGGACGAGAUGGUGCUGGGCUGGGACCACACGUGCCCAAACUCACCUGAGGAGGGGCCCAAGUAUGCCCUCCCCAUCUCCACCAUCUCCCCCUGCCCAGCAGAGAUGCCCCUGCCCGCUCCUCAGCCCUCACCAGAGAAGGGGCAGGAAGAGUUGCCCCCUGAGCAGCCCGCAGAUACCCCACCCACAGACCCAAAGCAAUGACACCGUGGUGUCAUAUUGCUCUGACUGAGUUUCAUGGUGGUAUUGUUUACAUGACCUGGUAUUUGCCAUCAUGUGUUGUCAUGAGUUGUGUUGACAGCCUGAGAUCAUUUCUGUGUCAUGCUUCAUUAAUGGAAUCUAUGCGAUGGUCUUCAGAUCAUUGAUUAGUUGGGCCUGGUGCACUCAGGGUUGAUUAAACCCUCUGUGGAUGAUGAUGAUGAUGUUAAGGUUUAGGUACCCAUACAUUUUAAACACUGUGACUAAGAACAUAAGAUGAUGGGAAAAGGUUUACAACACCAAGCAAGAGAGUAUGUUUGAAUAGCAUUGUUAUAUGCAGUCUUGCUAUUUAUGUCUUCAAAACACCAUUAUUUUCUCUUGUGCUAUGUCUGGCUCACUACUGUGUGUUUUCCUUUUAGGUGGUGGUGAAAUGUAGAACUGAAUGUAUCCAGUGUUCAUUAUCUGCUGUCUGAUAUCACCAGUGUUUCUGUGUGAGAAGACUGAGUUAAAAAUACUUGUCCUGGGUUCUUCAUUUGGAAAACUGAUUUCAUUUUAUAAGAAUUGACUGAUCCUUAUACUGCUCCCCAAGUCCAAAUUCUCAGGGACAAGACCAAAAAUGAACUGAAGUGAUGUGCUGGCCCAAUUACAGUUAGUUUCAUGAUGGCUGAGUACAUUUACUACAGGCACUGAGUGAGUUAAUCCAGUAGGGGGCAGCCUAUACUCUCCAGACAGAGAGCCACUCUCUG